CCCCCGUUACGAAUCUCUAAUCACACCCAGGCCUACUCGCCAGAUACCCGUCAGAAAUGGCGAACGAAGGCGAGCGGUCGGCUCCCGCUGACAAGGGCAAGGGCAAGGUCGAUGAUGCCCGUGAGUUGCCUGCUGGAAAGAAGCCGCAGAAGGACGAGAAGACACAAGCGGAUGGAAAGAAGAAGAAGGAUGAGGAGCCUCAGGAAGAAGAGCUCAACGAGGAGGAUCAGCAGUUGAAGAGCGAGCUGGAAAUGCUCGUAGAGCGACUAAAGGAGCCCGACACCUCGCUGUACAGUGCUGCUUUAGAUGCGAUUAAGAACUUCAUUAAGACCUCGACCUCUUCCAUGACAGCCGUCCCGAAGCCCCUCAAGUUCCUAAGACCGCACUAUGACGACCUCGCUGCCCUUUACGAGAAGUGGGUUGCGGGUCCCGUAAAGGACUCGUUGGCCGAUAUGCUCUCAGUUCUCGGAAUGACCUACGGAGAUGAGGAAAAGCUCGAGACGCUGAAGUACCGCCUUCUCGCCGCGAAGGCAGAGGACCUUGGCUCCUGGGGUCACGAAUACAUCAGGCAUUUGGCAUUGGAGAUCGGACAGGAGUACCAGAACAGGUUGAACUCCGAGAAGGAUGUACAGGACUUGGUCGACCUUGCACUAACUCUUGUUCCUUACUUCCUGCGUCAUAAUGCCGAAGCAGAUGCCGUUGAUCUGAUGAGCGAGCUGGAAAUCAUCGAGGAUAUCCCGCGAUUCGUGGACGAGAACACAUACUCGAGAGUGUGUCUAUAUAUGGUCAGCAUGGUCAACCUUCUUACAUACCCCGAAGACCAGCAGUUCCUCCGGACAGCCCACGAGAUCUAUGUUCGUUAUAACGAACUUACCAAGGCAAUCGUGCUUGCGAUCCGAUUGAACGACACUGAACUUAUCAAGAGUGACAUGAAUGCCACUUCAGACAAAUCGCUCAAGAAACAGAUGGCGUUCCUUGCUGCCAGACAACAAAUAUGGCUUGAUAUCCCCGAAGACGAAGAGGACCAAGCCUUCACAGACUGCCUGAACAACACCUCCAUCCCUAAGCACUUCAGAUCUCUUGGAAAGGAGCUGAACAUUCUCGACCCGAAGAUGCCCGAAGAUAUUUACAAAACUCAUCUUGAGAGCAGCCGUGGAGCUGGGUUGACCAACGUGGACUCCGCACGACACAAUCUGGCUAGCGCCUUUGUCAACUCCUUUGCCAAUGCCGGGUUUGGAAAUGACAAGCUGAUGCUUGUUGAGGGUGACAAGGGUCCGUGGGUCUGGAAGACGAAGGAUGAUGGUAUGCUGUCAACCACGGCGUCGAUGGGUAUGCUUCUUCAUAGGGAUGUUGAGGUUGGUCUGGACAAGAUCGAUAAGUUCACAUACGCCACUGAGGAUCAGAUCAGAGCGGGUGCCCUUCUCUCUAUUGGUAUCCUUAACUCUGGUGUCAGAAUCGAUUCCGACCCCGCCCUGGCCCUUCUGAGCGACCCCGACAACCUCGAGGCCAAGAGCGUGCCUAUGAGAGUCGCCUCCAUCAUGGGUCUUGGAUUGGCCUACGCUGGAUCCAACAAGGAGGAACUUCUUGAGGUUCUGCUCCCAAUCGUGGAGGAUGUUUCACUUGACAUGCAACUGUCUGCAAUGGCAGCUGUUUCGUUAGGUCUCAUCUUCGUUGGUUCAUCGAACCACCAAGUCAGCGAGGCAAUUGCUACAACAUUGAUGGACGAGGAAAGGCAGAGACAGCUCAAGGAUAAGUGGACCCGCUUCAUGGCCCUUGGUCUCGCACUCUUGUACUUUGGUCGCCAGGAAGAAGUCGAUGUUAUCCUUGACAUCCUCAAGGCCGUCGAUCAUCCCAUGGCCAAGCCCACUGCCGUUCUCGCCUCCGUUUGCGCGUGGGCUGGUACCGGCACUGUUUUGAAGCUCCAGGAGCUUCUCCAUAUCUGCAAUGAUGUUAUUGAAGACAAGGAUGAGAACAAGGGUGAUGAGCUUGUUCAGUCAUAUGCCGUCCUCGGUCUGUCGCUCAUUGCCAUGGGUGAGGAGGUUGGCCAAGACAUGAUUCUUAGACAGUUUGGCCACCUGAUGCACUAUGGUGCUAGCAACAUCCGCAAGGCAGUUCCCCUGGCCAUGGGUCUGAUCAGCCCCAGCAACCCCCAGAUGAAGAUCUACGAUACUUUGUCUCGUUACAGCCACGACAAUGACAAUGACGUUGCCAUCAAUGCCAUCUUUGCAAUGGGUCUCUGUGGCGCGGGUACCAACAAUGCCCGUUUGGCGCAAUUGCUCCGACAGUUGGCCAGCUACUACCACCGCGACCAGAACUCACUCUUCAUGGUCCGCAUUGCUCAGGGUCUCCUGCACAUGGGCAAGGGUACCAUGACACUCAACCCCUUCCACACUGACCGCCAGGUUCUCUCUCGUGUGUCCGCCGCCGGGUUGCUUACUGUUCUGGUCUCCAUGAUCGACUCUAAGAACUUCAUCCUCGCCGAACACCACUACCUGCUCUACUUCCUCAUUACCGCCAUGUACCCACGAUUCCUCGUGACCCUCGACGAGGAUCUGCAGCCUCUUACAGUGAAUGUACGAGUAGGACAAGCUGUGGACGUUGUUGGCCAGGCUGGACGACCCAAGACUAUCACUGGAUGGCAAACACAAAGCACACCGGUGCUCUUGGCGUACGGUGAACGAGCAGAGCUUGAAGACGAACAAUACAUUCCCCUUAGCAGCACUCUGGAGGGCUUGGUCAUUUUGCGCAAGAACCCUGACUGGGAAGAGAGCUCUGCCUAAUUGGGCUGGGAUUGUCGUUACGUCAUGUUUUGCGGGUUAGAUUGAGCGCAGAGGAACUCAUUUAGCGCUCUGGUUUGGAUGGAUCUAAUGUAUUCAGAACGAGUUGGGAAAUAACA